CGGGUAUGUACGCCGCGCAAUAAGGCGCACCCCGUGAUACCAACGAAUGCUUAGGCGCACGUCGCCAUACUCACGCUGUGUUUGUGUGUGUGUACACCGCUACGGUAACAACAAGCCCCCCCGCUCCAGACGUGGGGCCAAGACCGCGUCGCGGCGAAACAGAACGCGAGUCCCGAGAUUAUGAGCGCGUGAAUUGGGAAGCAGUGCCUCCCCCAACCACCACCACCACACUCCCAGCCCCCCCUCAUGCGUAAAUGAUGUAGGGCAGGACUACACAAUGCCUUCUUCCAUCUGAGCGAACCCCCAGCCGGUUUGUGUGAGGAGAAAGCAUCCGCUCUUUGGUGCGUCUGACGGAGGAAGGAGACACAGGAUAUCGGCGCAUCUCGAACCCACCUUGUGUGAAACAGGACAACACACCAAGGAGAAGACAAGAUGGACAUAACGGACCAAGGCGCUCAAAUGGAGCCGCUGCUGCCAACGGAACAACAGAGUCCUCAAGACGGCAAAGAAGUGAGAACAGAUGAAGAGGCGGUGGUCGACCGGGGGGGAACACGCUCCAUGCUCAACACCAACUUUGAGAAGGAGGAGCUAGAAGGUCACAGGACGCUGUACAUCGGGGUCCACGUCCCGCUUGGCAGGAAGUCUCACCGCCGCCACCGUCACCAUGGACACCGGCACAGGAAGCGCUCCAAGGAGAGGGAUUCCGGUGACGAUGGCCACGAAUCCCCCUCACACACAGACACGCCGGCCCAGAUGCAGUUCCUGCUGGGGACAGAAGAUGGCGACGAGGAGCAUCCCCACGCCCUCUUCACGGAGCUGGACGAGAUCUGUGUCCGAGGAGAGGACGCCGAGUGGAAGGAGACGGCCAGGUGGCUGAAGUUCGAGGAGGACGUGGAGGACGGCGGGGAGCGCUGGAGCAAGCCCUACGUGGCCACGCUGUCCCUGCACAGCCUGUUCGAGCUGCGGAGCUGCAUCAUGAACGGCACCGUCAUGCUGGACAUGAGAGCCAACUCGCUGGAGGAGAUCGCAGACAUGGUCCUGGACCAACACGACCUGUCUGGCUCGGUGGGGCCGGAGUCGCGCCGCCGGAUCCGCGAGGCGCUGCUGAAGCAGCACCACCACCAGAACCACAAGAAGCUGGCCAACCGCAUCCCCAUCGUGCGCUCCUUCGCCGACAUCGGCAAGAAGCAGUCGGAGCCGCACUCUAUGGACAAGAACGGCCAGACUGUUUCCCCCCAGGCGCAGCCCGCAAACACAGAGGGCAAGCAAGAUGUGAGUCGGGAAAACAGCGCAGUGGACUUCAGCAAGAUCGACCUCCACUUCAUGAAGAAGAUCCCUGCGGGUGCGGAGGCGUCCAACGUGCUGGUGGGGGAGCUGGAGUUCCUGGAGCGGCCCGUGGUCGCCUUCGUCCGCCUGGCACCCGCCGUCCUGCUCAACGGCCUGGCAGAGGUCCCCAUCACCACCAGGUUCCUGUUCAUCCUGCUCGGCCCCCUGGGUAAAGGGCCGCAGUACCACGAGAUCGGACGCUCCAUCGCCACCCUGAUGACAGAUGAGGUGUUCCACGACGUGGCGUACAAGGCCAAGGACCGCACCGACCUGGUGGCUGGAAUCGACGAGUUCCUGGACCAGGUGACGGUCCUGCCCCCCGGGGAGUGGGACCCCUCCAUCAGGAUAGAGCCCCCCAAGAACGUUCCCUCUCAGGAAAAGCGGAAGGUCCCGCCCCUUCCCAACGGGCUGACGGACCUGGGGGAGCUUGAGGACGGUGAGGGGCACGGAGGACCUGAGCUCCAGCGCACCGGCAGGUUCAUGGGCGGCUUCCUCAACGACAUCAAGCGCAAGGCGCCGCACUACCUGUCGGACUACACGGACGCCCUGAGCCUCCAGUGCCUGGCCUCCUUCCUCUUCCUCUACUGCGCCUGCAUGUCGCCCGUCAUCACCUUCGGCGGGCUGCUGGGCGAGGCCACCGAGGGCCGCGUGAGUGCCAUAGAGUCUCUGUUUGGGGCGUCCAUGACAGGAAUAGCCUAUUCUCUGUUCGCGGGCCAGCCGCUCACCAUCCUGGGCAGCACCGGGCCCGUGCUGGUCUUUGAGAAGAUCCUAUUCAAGUUCUGCAAGGAGUACGGGCUGUCCUACCUGUCCCUGCGGGCCUGCAUCGGGCUGUGGACGUCCUUCCUGUGUCUGCUGCUGGUGGCCACCGACGCCAGCUCCCUGGUGUGCUACAUCACGCGCUUCACCGAGGAGGCCUUCGCCUCGCUCAUCUGCAUCAUCUUCAUCUACGAGGCCCUGGAGAAGCUGCUGCACCUGGGCCACCACUACCCCAUCAACAAGAACAACAACCUGCAGAUGCUCACGCAGUACUCGUGUGCAUGUGUGGAGCCCAGGGACCCCAGCAACGCCACCCUCCUGUCCUGGGAGGACAGGAACAUCACAGCCUCCCAGGUCAACUGGACCAUGCUGGAGGUCGACGAGUGCAACCUGUUCCACGGGGACUUUGUGGGGUCGGCGUGCGGCCCCCACGGGCCCUACAUCCCCGACGUGCUGUUCUGGUGUGUGGUGCUGUUCUUCUCCACCGUCCUCAUGUCCGCCUUCCUCAAGGAGUUCAAGACCAGCCGCUACUUCCCCACCAAGGUGCGUGCGAUCAUCAGCGACUUUGCGGUGUUCAUCACCAUCCUGACCAUGGUGCUGGUGGACUACGGCCUGGGCAUCCCCUCGCCCAAGCUACAGGUGCCCAGCAAGUUCAAACCCACCAGGGACGACCGGGGCUGGCUCAUCAACCCGGUGGGGCCAAACCCCUGGUGGACCACCAUCAUCACGGUCAUCCCCGCGCUGCUCUGCACCAUCCUCAUCUUCAUGGACCAGCAGAUCACCGCCGUCAUCAUCAACCGCAAGGAGCACAAGCUCAAGAAAGGCUGUGGCUACCACCUGGACCUGUUUGUGGUGGGCGUAAUGCUGGGCGUGUGCUCUGUGAUGGGCCUGCCGUGGUUCGUGGCGGCCACCGUGCUCUCCAUCUCCCACGUCAACAGCCUGAAGCUGGAGUCCGAGUGCUCCGCGCCCGGCGAGCAGCCCAAGUUUCUGGGCAUCCGCGAGCAGCGCUUCACCGGACUCAUGAUCUUUGUGCUCAUGGGCUGCUCCGUGUUCAUGACCUCCGUGCUCAAGUUCAUCCCCAUGCCUGUGCUGUAUGGAGUGUUCCUGUACAUGGGGGCUUCCUCUCUCAGGGGCAUACAGUUCUUCGACCGCCUCAAGCUGUUCAGCAUGCCCGCUAAGCAUCAGCCCGACUUCAUCUACCUCCGCCACGUGCCCUUGAGGAAGGUGCACCUCUUCACCAUCAUCCAGCUCACCUGUCUCGCCCUGCUGUGGAUCAUCAAGACCUCCCGGGCCGCCAUUGUCUUCCCCAUGAUGGUGUUGGCUCUGGUGUUCAUCCGGAAGCUGUUGGACUUCAUCUUCACCAAGCGCGAGCUGAGCUGGCUGGACGACCUCAUGCCCGAGUGGAAGAAGAAGAAGCUGGAGGAUGCGGAGGAAGAGGAGGAGCACAGCAUUAUAGUGGAGGAGGAAGGCAACAUCCAGUUACCCCUCGAGGGUCACUAUAAGAGUGAUACUGGCAUCGAUCCUGCUACAGUAAACAUCACUGAUGAGAUGUCUAAAGGCUCCUUUGGAAAUGUGUGGAAGAGCGUGAACCCAGAAACCGCCAAGCAGGAGCCCAGUGCUAAGAGCAUUCAGAGUGGUGUGGAGAAGAAGCCCAAGCGAAGGAGACACGACAAGAGUUUGGACCGGGAGACGAGUUUGUGAUGACUGGGGGCUGCCAAUCAGGAAGAAGUGAUUUUAAGUAAACAAAGCUGUGCCACACUCUGACCAUCUUUGUACUGUGCUGCACUGUGUUUUUUUGUCACGUAAGUCUGUGUGCAACUUGUGUAAGAAAAAAAAAAAAAAAAACGAAAACUAACAAAUAAUAAAACAGCAACAAUGUGUUAGUGUCAAUGGGCUGCACCAAUGGGAACAAAUUUUGAUUAUUUUCUAUGUAUAUCAAAAAUGUGGGUGAUACCAGCAACACAAGCAGGGUCCAAUUCUGACGACAUUACAUGACCAAAAGGGCCAAGUCAAGUAAACAAUUUUUAAAAAGAUUAUUUUACUUUAUAGCUCAUUUGUAUUUUGUAUGUUUUUAUAUUUUUUCAGACGCAACCUCACGUUUAAAAAAAGCCUGCCAGGGUAAUCCUCUAUUUUGUGGAAUUCCUGUGUAAAAUGUAAUUUUACUGCUAUUUGAUGGUGCACCUCAUGAUAGAGUUAGGCAAAUCGUAAUUGCGUAUGUAGGGGCCAAUAUUAUCCCACGUCACUGGUAUCUAAUACAAGUGGCUAUAUAGAAAAACUAGUAAUUUUUUGAAAGCAUUAAAUAUAGAUUUUAUAUAUUCUGUAUAUCUUAAUGUUCUUUUGUGACAUAGAAAGCUCACUAGUCUAUGUCAUUUAAUUAUCUUUAAAAACUGUCUUCAUUGUCUUUAUUUUUAUCAGUGUAUAGCACUUACCCUGUUAUAUAUCUCUACGGCCAAGAAAGGACACAUUUAUAGAAAAAAAAUCCGGGCAGGUGAGGGCCAGCGUCAAAAAAGAUUUAAAAAAAAACUAAACAUUAUCAAAAACUAGCAUGGCGGCUGAGCUACAGGAACUUGUUGUGCUAUUAGCUUAGUUAAGCUUUUUGCAUUCCUGUCAGGUUUGCCCAAACGUAUGGGUCACUGUGUUCAGUUACAUGAUAUACUGUAUGUUUAUAUGUAUGUAUAUAUAUAUUUACAUUUGUCACCCGCAGGUUUUUGAUUUAUGAUUCCUGUCCAUACGCGUCAACCAUUGACAUGCUUCCACUGUUGCUAGUGCAGAAGCUAAUCCUUUAAGUGUGUUACCCGUUGUUCAUUCCAUCUGUUCAGGGCCAGGCUGCAUUCUACUGACCCUCAACAGGACCAUUGCUACUUUUGAGAGAUGCAAUAAUAGUCUUCUUUUCUCCAAGAAGGGCAGCAUUUAAUAAAUAGAAAAGACGAUGUAUAAUAUAUAGUAUAUUUUAUCCUUGUAAAAUGUUGCUCAUAUAUUAUAUACUAACGUUGAACCAGUGUUGAAGGCCAGUUCACUUUUGUGUAGAUGUUAUUUUCCCAUUGUACUGUCCAAGUGAUAGCUCUUAGUUCAGUAGAACAAACUAAUUGGUGAAAAUAUCAAUAUCACGUAUUUUGGCCACUUUUAUGUGAAAUUCUGCCUUAAAAUUGGUAGUUUUAGUUGGAAAUUUAUGUUAAAUUUAAGUCUUCUGCAUAGACAUGUAUCAGUUUCCGAUUUGUUAUUACAUUGUGAUUUGGUGUGAGUGCGUGCGAGAACAAGAGAGCAAAUAAAGCGAUGUAACAAACA